AUGGAUGAUUUUGUCGACUCACAAUCUGCAUCUCGAGACGAUGCGGUCGAAUUGCAUCGGUAUCCCCCAUUCUCAAAAUGGAAAUGUGGCCAUUCACGCCUGUCUUUGGAGAAGUCUUUCUCACCUCGAGGGUCACUUAAACAUGAGAUGUCAGGCUAUUCAACUGAGCAAAUUGGUGCAAGGAAAAUUGCUCGGGCAAGCGAGAACAAGUGGGUGUUGAAAAAUAAUGCCGCACUCAAAAAUGCCUCACCAUUUCCAUAG